UUAUUUAUGUAAAUUACUAAAUGUUCUGACAAAAAUAAACUGAAACCAAGCUGUAGACCGAUUUACCCGCCCUAGUUUUUUUUAUAGAAACAAAUAUCAAAUCAGAUGCCAAUAUUUCCAAAAAUGAUUAGGGAAAGGCCCACAUACAUAAAUACACACACAAACCAUAAUAAAUAUGCGUCUGUAUAAAUACCAUACAAAGGUAACAUAGAGAUAGAAUUAGAGAAAGCUUCGACGCCUCUCAGCUUCACCGAACAUCACGGUGGCUAAUACAAAAAAAAAAGGCAUAACAUGAUCAACCACUAACCCCUCAAACACACAUUUUACCAAAAAAAAAUAAUAAAAAAAAACCAACUCUUUUCUCCCUCCCUCUCUAAACAUGUCAGCGGCCGGCGCUAGCCCAUUGGCCGUUGCACCGAUCACACGACGUCGUAUCGGAGACUCCCUCGAAACCACGACAACCUCCGAACGAGCCUCCGUUUCCUCCGAGUAUUGCAACAUAGUCAACAUCUCCUCCCUCUCUCCGGACUUAGACGACGUCGAGGGAACAAACGGCGCGUGUUCCUCACCUUCCUCGAUGGGUUCCACGUCUAGCGGAUCGCAUUACCACCACGAUCAUCACUACCACCCGAAGAUUCGUUACCUUAUCCCACGUAAACUGAAAUGGCCGUUUCUAUGCGACGGUGGAUGGACGGCUGUGAUUGGUCAAGGAUUGGGGAGAAACGUGGGACGUCGGAUCUUGGGUCUCCUCAUGGUUCUCGUCGUCGUUUCGCUCUUUGUCAGAGUUUCUGUUAUGAGUGGGCGCGUUGCUGAUCACGCGCACAGGAGAGAUUUGAACGAGCUUGUUGUCGUUAGGGCGUUACAUGAAGAUUGGUCGAUGGCUCAAAACGCAAUGUCGGAGAACGUUGCUGUCGAGAAGCUUCCCAUUCCGGAGAUAUGGCAGAAACCUGAAUCCAGCAAUUAUCGCCAGUGUGCGUCACGUCCCAAGAGUAGUCAUUCAAGGGCACGUAGGAAAACCAACGGUUACCUUCUAGUACACGCCAAUGGCGGGUUGAAUCAGAUGAGAACUGGAAUAUGUGACAUGGUUGCUGCAGCAAAGAUUAUGAAUGCAACUCUUGUUCUUCCUCUCCUCGACCAUGAAUCUUUCUGGACUGACCCCAGCACGUUCAAAGAUAUUUUUGACUGGCGACACUUCAUGAACGUAUUGAAAGAUGACGUUGACAUCAUCGAGUACUUGCCUCCUCGCUAUGCAGCCAUGAAACCUCUCCUCAAGGCUCCUGUUUCUUGGUCCAAGGCUAGUUACUACAGAAGAGAGAUGCUACCACUAUUGAAAAAAUAUAAGGUGAUUAAGUUUACACACACCGAUUCGCGCCUAGCCAACAACGGUUUGCCACCAUCAAUCCAACGGCUGAGAUGCCGUGCUAACUACCAAGCAUUAGGUUACUCCAAGGAGAUUGAAGAUUUUGGAAACGUCUUGGUUAACCGGUUAAGAAACAACAGUGAACCCUUCAUUGCUCUACACUUACGCUACGAGAAAGACAUGCUUGCCUUUACAGGCUGCAGCCACAACCUCACAGCUGGAGAAGCUGAAGAGCUGAGGAUCAUGAGAUACAAUGUGAAACAUUGGAAAGAGAAAGAGAUUGACAGCAGAGAGAGAAGGAUCCAAGGUGGCUGCCCUAUGUCUCCACGAGAAGCAGCCAUAUUUUUAAAAGCAAUGGGGUACCCAUCUUCCACUACGGUGUACAUAGUUGCUGGUGAAAUCUAUGGAGGUAAUAGUAUGGAUGCUUUCAGAGAAGAGUACCCAAACGUGUUCUCCCAUUCAACUUUAGCAACUGAAGAAGAGUUAGAGCCCUUUAAGCCAUACCAAAACCGCUUAGCUGCGUUGGAUUACAUCGUGGCCUUAGAAAGCGAUGUUUUCGUGUAUACAUAUGAUGGCAAUAUGGCUAAGGCUGUACAAGGGCACAGGAGGUUUGAAGGGUUCAAGAAGACUAUCAAUCCAGACAGGUUAAAUUUUGUUAGACUGAUAGAUCAUUUAGACGAAGGUGUGAUGUCUUGGGAUGAGUUUUCUUCAGAGGUGAAGAGAUUACAUGGAGCCAGGAUUGGAGCUCCUUAUGCUAGACUUCCUGGUGAGUUCCCUCGGCUAGAGGAGAAUUUUUAUGCAAACCCGCAACCAGAUUGCAUCUGUAACAAGUCUCAGCCUGAGCAGCCUUGGAAGUCAAGUGUAAGAAGAGAGUCAGAUAGAUGGAAGGAGAGUUCAAGAUAGAAGAACGAAGACAAGACAUUGGUUCAACACUUUUGUAGGCCUUCUUGUACAAUAUAGGAAAAAGAAGAAGACUGGUUUCUUGGAAGAUCCAUACAAAUUUGUAGGAUCUAAUUCACUUAUACAUGAGCAUCAAUGAUAUACCAUUUUUCA